AUGUCUUCUACCCACGUGCAACAGUCUCCUCUCCAGCCAAAAACCGGCAAUUUGCUACCUGGCCCACGCGAGUUUAAUCAUGAGGUAGAGAUAAAUGGAAAUGAAAAGUGGCCUUCUGCUAGCUAUCCUCAUUAUCUCCCAACUUGGAGCCACGAACAAAAGUAUCCUCCACUCCAGCCAUUCGAGCACCGUGAUCCAGGCCUUGACGCCGACCCGAAGCUUUUUAAUCUUCUAUCAACCCACUGUACACUUGAGCACUUGACCCCCACGAUCGGUACCAAAGUACACGGUUCACUCCAGAUCCGGGGGCUGAGCGCUGCUGCCAAAAAUGACCUGGCUCUCCUCGUCGCGCAACGAAAAGUGGUCAUAUUUUGCAAUCAAGAUUUUGCAGAUCUACCGAUCCCCGAUGCGCUGGCCUGGGGUAGCCAUUUUGGUCGACAUCACAUCCAUCCUACCAAUGGAAGUCCAGACAAAUACCCCGAGAUCCAAAUCGCCCACCGGGGAGCCGGAGACUCCAGCUUUGAAGGCUUUUUCGAAGGCCGCACUAGCUCGGUGGCCUGGCACUCGGAUGUCACCUACGAACAGCAACCUCCGGGUACAACCAUAAUGUAUAACCUGGAGAUCCCCGAGUCUGGUGGUGAUACGCUCUUCUCCGACCAGGCCGAGGCCUACCGCCGCCUGUCCCCAGUCUUCCAGCAACGGCUUCAUGGCCUUCAAGUGGUCCACUCUGCCGUUCAACAGGGCGAGUAUAACCGCAAGAAAGGUGGCAUCUUGCGCAGAGAACCGAUCGAGACGGUUCAUCCGCUUGUGCGAACACAUCCCGUCACGGGUGAAAAGGCGCUUUUUGUGAAUAAACAAUUCUCGCGACACAUCGUCGGCAUGAAGCGCGAAGAGAGCGACAUGCUGCUCAACUUCCUUUACCAACACACCCUUUCUGGUGCAGACUUUCAACUCCGCCUCCACUGGGAGCCGCGCAUGGUCGUUCUGUGGGAUAACCGUUCAACAGCCCAUUCGGCCAUCUUUGAUUGGGCGAGCCAGGAACGCCGGCACUUGGCGCGAAUUACACCCCAGGCCGAGCGGCCUUUUGAAACGCCCUUUGAAAGUGUAUCCCACUAA